CUUUGACGUUAUGCUCAUAUUCAUGUAUAGUACAAUUACCAAACACAUCUACCUACCCUGCCACCAUCUAUGUACUUGGUUUGUACAGCCGUAGAGACCUACGAUAACAACGAUGACAUACUAACCUCCCGACUCGACGAUCCCCAUCUACCAUAUCCACACACAAACUCGUUGAUAUGUAUAACUGCUUCCCUUCUCUGCGUGUCUUUCUGUCUUCCUGAUUCUCUUACAAAACAGAAGAUAUGCCCUCCGUCCUCCUGGAAGCUACCUAUGUCGUUGAAUGACAAAUACAAGCAAGGACGCUUUCGUGGUGUUGUACAUGAUAAUCAUCGCUUUGACUGAAUCAACUCAAGUCCAUCAAUUCAACUUACGCCCCUUUUUCAUGUUUGUUUUCGACACAAACGUUCCACAGAUCAACGACAACAACAGCACCACAGCGGAGAACCACACCAACAAUGAAAUCAACGCAAGGGAAAAAGACAAAGAAAAGAAAACGGAAAAAAAAAAAAACCAGCGAGCAAGACAAGACACAACACGCAAAACAUUCAAAGGCCGCUCACCCCUUUGGCUUCCUUUUUGAUAAUUCGUUGUACUUUUUUUACUUGCAAUUCUUCGCUGCUGCCUUUCUCUCUCUCUCUUUUCAUUUCUCACUGCUUCAAGAAGAACCAGCCAAGUUUUGAAAUGCUACCACCCAGUCACACCCCUAGUGGUUCGCUUUCACUCUUGGUUAUUUUGCCCUCCGCCAUGCCCUCCACAACGCCCUCCUCGUCUCCUUACUCGGGUCACGUCUCCACUUUCUUUCUUUCUCUCUCUUCCUGGGUCUUUGGCUGUCACUUUGCUCUCCCUCAAACCUCCCAAUCUUGAACCUCGGCCCGCGUCGUCCCAGC